CACGCAGGGAAGAAUAGGGGUAGAGAGAAUUUCUCUGAGGUCACCACUCACUCCAGCGUGGCCAUGGAGAGUGCUGUUAGCUCAGGCCACUGGUGUGACAGUAAGCAAAACCGGUAUGAGAUUGGACCCACAGACUUGCUGGAGCGCAAGGGCUCCCUGACCCUCCGCUCACAUCACAAGAAAUACUCCAAGCCUGUGUUGGUGUAUUCCUGGCAUCAUGACAGAGAAGCUUUUCCCAAAGAUUAUGACAUAGAGGGUCCUGAGAAAGUGAAAAAACUGUGUAAUUCAACAUAUUGGCGACUUGGAACUGAUGAACCUUCAAUUUGGAUAUCAGAAACACAUGAACAAAUGUCACAAGGUUUUUCAAAAAGAGAAUUGGCUGAAAUAAGAAGCAAGGCCUUGUUAAAUGAGGAAACACUGUGCUCUGGGAUUAUUGAAAGGUAUGAUUUGACAACAUACCCAGAAGAUUAUGCUGCACCCUGUAAUUAUCAGCCACGUGGUUAUGCCUGUCAAGACGAUUACUCAAUAGUCCACAGAAAGUGCCGUUCUCAGUUCACAGAUCUAGAUGGUUCCAAAAGAUUUGGCAUAAACACUUGGCAUGAUGAGAGUGGGAUUUAUGCUAAUUCAGAUGUGAAACAAAAACUCUAUGCAUUGACUGGUGGUCCCAUUGUCCCCAUUUAAAAUAAUACAAGAAUCAUUCUGUAAUGCAAGAAUAAUGGGUGUUAAUGAUUUCCUGUAUUAAUAAAUGCAAUGAAAGUAGGUUCCUUUAAACUCAGAAUCUUACGUUCUAGACCAGUGUUUAUAUUUUUAUUUUCAUAAACUACCCAGGUGUUUUCUAAAAUUUGUUAUUUAGCAGUCAGGCUUAUGAUUGCUUGGCAUGUGGCUAAUUUUUAAAAAGCGAAGCAAUUUAAAUUCUAUUUAAAGAAAUAUUUUUCCUUUUAAAAAAUUUGACUCACAUGUAGUAAUUGUACUUAUUUAUGUUUUACCCCUAUGAUAUUUCAAUAGAAGUAUACAAGAGAAAGAGGAGGGAAGAAAGAGAGAGAAAGGAGAGAAGGAAGAGGGG